UUUUUGCAUAUUCAAUCUCGUCGUCGUCCCUACAAAGACUCACUCAACACUCCACUCACUCAACCACAAGGGCAACAAGCACAACGCCAAAAAAUCACACCGAUGUCGGUGCACGUCUUUUUCAUUGAGUGCGCGACGCCGUUCGCGUUCGACCUCGACAUCCAAUCCGCCACGGUCAAGACACUGAUGGAGGCAGUGUUUGAAUAUACGCGGAUUCCGGUCAACCAGCAGCUGCUCUUGGCGUCGGGCGACAGACCUCGCGUGCUCAGCUCCAAGGAGACAAUCUUGAGUCUGAGCAUCCACGGCUCUGAGCGUCACCCAAUCUACCUCAUCAGACUCGGCACUGAAAAUGGCACUGCCUUUCCGCCGCCUACUUUUCCGGCGGUCAAUUCGUCCAUCCAGGAGGCCCAGGAUGCUGUUGAUGCUGCUGCGCAGCUCGCCCCUCCGUCGACGUUUGGCGAAAUCUCGGAUCGGAUUCUGGGUCAGCAACGUCUGGCCAGCAUCCUCUUCAACGCGUGUGAUCAGCUGCGAUCAGUGUUUUUGCGGCUGGGCGAAGACGUUCGCUCGCACCAGAGCGGCUUGGAGGCCGUGUGGCAGUACAUUGGAUUGCAGCUCAAGAAACUGCAGCCGAGCAUUGUCCAGUUUGAAGAUGGGUAUAACAGUCAGCGAGACCGUCACCAAAAGCUGCUUGAUGCGCUCCCCGACGUCGUGCGGCUGCUGGAAAGCAUCUCCAUCCCUUCAACGAUGAUUCCCAGCAUUGACGCCUCGCCCUCGAAUUCCUUGCAGCUCCGGCAAUCCGCGCAGCAGGCUCGCACGUUGAUCGACUAUGUCGACAUGGAGCGAAUCAACCAAGUCUACGCCACCUGCCGGAACUCUCAGGGCACAUUCGAUGCAGAAGUCCAGAAAAUGAUGGCCUGGUGGCGCGAGUGCAACACGUUGCUGGGGACCCCGCCUGCACCGCUGUCAUCGCACCUCUCCAAAUUGAUGACAGAAGAAGAGCUAGAAAGCUUAUUUGACCAAUUGCGAUCGUUAAUUGCCGUGAUUCGACGAGACCACGGGAGCCAACCGUUAACAGACCCGAACGUGUCGGUUGUGGUUCAUGACAACAACAAAGAGCACCUGCGACAAAUGAUGGGCUACUUGGAGCACUUGCUGUCGGCUUACUCGGCCCUCAAGAACCUGCUGUUGGACCAACUUCCGGGCACUUGGGACUCUUUGCAGCGCGCCAACACCAUAAUGGACAUUCGAACGAAAAUCGACACGAUGCUCAAGUUCUUCCCGGAUGCGCGGGACAAGAAAUCGCUCAACUUUGCCAUUAUUCGAGGCACUUUUCUCAUUCCAGUGCCCUUUGGCCAGAAGUUGCUUGAAAUUUGCUUCCGUCGAGCGGUUGCCGAGCUGUACACACAGGCUCGUAGUGGCACACGGGAGCUUCUCGACAAGGUUCGGCGCGCCAUUGCCAAAGGCGUCAGCGACGCGGACGCGUCCAUUGUCCUUGAUGGAGCCCUGGGCUCCUCCUCUUCGGGGAGCUCCUCUGGCGAGCUAGAGCGCAGCAACACUGGUUUGGCUGCGACCCGCGACUUGGCUAGCAGCAGCGGCGCCGCAACCGCUCGAUCGACGCUGCAGCUGCGCGGCAAACAGUCGUCCGAUUCGAUGAAUCUGCUUUUGAUGCCAAUCAAAGGGUUUGAUCCAAACUUGCCCUUUGCCGAGAUGCUUCGUGACACCAACCAACUUGAGCUACCCGCGUUGGGCAAAGCCGAGUUUGAUCAGCUCCGCACCUUCUUCGUGGGGUGGGCUGAUACUCUCGCGUCGGGCAUACCGUCGUCCCCUCGCUCCAAGUCAUCGUUGUAUGUACGAAGUCUCGUUGAAACAGUCAUCCUCAAAGAUUUGGAUGCGCUUGUCGACCGGUAUGACGGCCUGAUUGCCGCCAUCGACACGGCCAUCAAGCGAAUUGAAACCGGAUCGAAAAUUGAGGUCCUGGACUCUGCGAAUGGCUUGAACACGAAUGAAGCCAAUGGACGAAUUCAAGAGCUUGAAGGGCAAGUGCGUCAGUUUACCCUCUUCCUCGCUGAAAUUCGUCGUCUUGGCGCGGUUGGUGGUGGUGGCGCGGCGCCGAGCAGUGGAUCAGCGUCCAUCGUGGCCGAAUCCGAGCUGCGCUCGCAGUUGCAAAGCGCAUCGGCGUUGGAAACGGGCUUGAGGGCGCAGCUGGCUGCCGCCAUUUCGGUGGAAACGGGCCUGCGCGUCCAACUGGCAACCUUCAUGUCGAACGAGUCCGACUUGAAAGCCCAGCUUGACACGGCGGCCACGACUGAAAAGGACGUGCGCGCCCAGCUCAUGGCCGCAGCGACGUUGGAGUCCGAGCUGCGCUCACAGUUGGCCGUUGCUGCCAAAACCGAGCAGGAGGUUCGCCGGCAGCUGAGCGUCGAUGCAGCCACAGAGGCGGAUUUGCGCGCUCAGAUUGCCGUCGCCGGUGCCACCGAAACGAGCUUGCGUGAGCAGAUGGCGAAGGCUGCGGAUGCCCAUCGGGAGAACAACGAUCGGAUGCUUGCCGACCUCCAAGAGCAGAGCCAGCAGAAAGCCGAGCUUCAGCAGGUGCUGGAGACGACCCAGUCCACUCUCUUGUCGACGCAGUCCGAUUGUCAGACGCUGCGCCAGGAACUCGAAAAUCUACGAAAGCAGCUGGACAGUGCGACGGCUGAUCGGCAUCAAGCGCAGCAGGAGCUGGCGGCACAGACCCAAACGGCAACCAAUGCUGCCUUAGAGCAUAGUGCAGCGCUUGCCAGCCUCGGUGCUGCGCAUGAGGCUGCGUUAGCUCAAGUGCGAGCUGAGCACGAAGCGAUUGCUGCGCGAGGGCGUACGGUCCUCGGCAGCCUGAAUGCCGAAGUGGCCAACCUCAAGUCUAGUCUCGAUACGCAAGCGGAUCAAUAUAGCGCGCUUCAGGUUGCUCAUGUCGAGCUUACCUCGCGGUAUGAGCAAGUGUGGCGCGACAACACCACAGCGCAGCAGGCUCGCGACGCUGCCACAUCCGAGCUCGAGCAGCUGAAGAGUACGUUGGCCGCAAAAGCGGAUGAGAAUGCUCUGCUGCAGCAACAGCUUGCCGACGCCACUCGGCAGCUUGAUGCGCAAUCGGACACUGCUAAACUGCUGGCCCAAGAUCGCGAGGACUUGAACCAACGACUCGUUCGUGCGCAAGAAGAGCUGGCUGGACUCCAAGCUGCCGCACGCGUGCAAGAGGCCGCAGCGCUUGCGUUUGCAGACGAACGAAAAGCCAGUGGCGAGAAGGCCCAAAAGCUGCAAUCCCAAAUUGUGGAGUUGCAGCAAGCGCAGCAGGCAACCGCUAUGGAGAUGGUCGCCGCGAAAACCAAGGCAGACCAGCGCGUCCAGGCGCUUUCACAGGCCUUGGAGCAGUUGUUUGCGCUUGCGCAUGCCGAUCGCGAAGCCGGUGGCGAUGCUGCACCCUCUGCUCGGGUUCUCGAGGCAAGUGCCGUCAAGCAGCUUCCUGAGGCGCUGCAAACCACGCUUGGAGACCUGGAAGCCUGCAUCAUUCGCAUGCAGUCUGCCCUCGUCACAGACAAGACGCUGCUCGAUAAGGACCGCGAGCUCAUUUCGCAAUUGCGCCACCUCGUGCAAGGGAAGAAUUUGCAGCCCGACGACUUGGCGAAUCUCGCAAGCAUGGUGCGCGCGCUCGAGCCAGCAUUCACGCACAUUCAGCUUGUGGCACGUAGCGUCCUGCAACACUCUCCUGCUGAAAUUCCCUCCACUGGCUUGAAUGUCGCUCUCCCGACCUGCUCUGCUUCGGCACCCGUGGAAGAAGUUUUCCGGAACGUGGCUGCAUGGAGCGGGAUUCUGCAAAAAUUGAAUCUCGCCGUGCUUUCGGUCAAGACUGAUUCCAUUUUCCAGCAUUUGAACCAGAUGAUGGAGAAGGAAUCGGAAUCCUUCGCUCGUGGGGCAGACGUGAUUGCGGUGCAAAAUUUCAGCCCGGGAAGCGCAGUUGUUUGCUUCCCCAAUGCUGACAAAAGCAAGUGGUGUGUCUUGCAUCUCUCCGACGGCGUCUUUGUGCGAGAUUACUUUGUGUCGCAAGAGUGUUGCAGGGAGCUCAGACUCCAAGACACAUCGAAAAAGGAGCUUUACGCCGCUCGCGUGCUUGCCAUUCGGCCUAAGCCCGAUCCCAAGAAAACGGCGUACGAAGUUGAUAUCGAAGCUAUGUGAGCGAGCGAGAUGCUUCGUGCCUUGUGUUUGUAAUUAUUCGAUUUCAUGUUUCUAUCAUUCAUGUACACUGUGCCAAGCGGUACAUUUCUUUCUCUUUUGACUUUUUGUAUUCAUU